GCAUGAAAUCCAAAGAAGCGACAACCUUUAGCCGUUGAGGCUAGCUGGCAAUCGACCAAGAUGGAGUACCGUAGUGAAAGAUUUGUUAUUGUCGGGGUACCUUUUACGUUUUUUAAGAGGACAUGACAUCCGGAUGCGUUAAGACACACGAGUUUUUGGACAUCGGGUCGUAAAGACUUCGUUUGUGGAGUUGGACGCCAGUUAACCCGCUGUAACGUUAGCUAGCUCCGUCGGCUUCACUGCUCCCGGGGUCUCUUAUAUAAAAACAACGGCUGCGGUUCACUCGAGCAAAGACGGGCUCCGGGGUCGGUAGCUAAAAGAUAUACAAUUAUCCUAUACUUUCAUGUACUUUCAACUAUUUUAAAACCUAAACUUAGACUUUGUUGAGUUUACAUUGUGUCUUACCGACGAGUUAGCGCAAUAGACGGAAUGGAAAUUAAGCUUCUUACUUGCUAACGUUAAGCUCAAAGGAUUUUACCCUUUGGUUCUAGACUAGGCAUCAAAAUGCCCUAGAAUCGUUUCUCUUUUCUAUUAAAAGCGACGUUAUUCAGGAAAGUUUGUGUUUGUAUACGAGAGACGUUAUCAGACCGGCUCCUUGUUUUGAAGCGAGCGAUAGAGGUUUGAUAAACAGACUGUUAGUUAAUAACACCGACCUAACACCUCCUACAAGCCAUAGCCGGUGUUUACAGAGACCAUAUCCCCUGUUAACUUUAUUGCAUGAGGCUAUAGUUGUGUUUUUGAGGGACCGCAAUGUUAUACAGACGUCCUAUUUUAUUGGGGUUGAGGUCGUAUGACUUGGAAUUGGUCCUAACCUACUUCCAGUGGCCAGCAGUGAGAGUCGGGCACAAUCUUGAGGUUUUAUUUGCCAGCGAGACGUCAAAUGACAGUAAGCCUGACUUUAGAGGUAUGAUUUCUGAGCAGCGUUGGGAGUUGGGUCUGCUUAAGCCAGACUGUCAGUGAACCUCUUCUUCGUCUUAGUAUCUGAAUUUCCCUCUGGGAGAAGAAGAUGGAGACGGGAGUAAGGUCUCACCAGGGCGAGCUGUUCGUCCACCCACUCUCCAACCCCGGGGCUGCAGGGAUAUGCCCCGAAAUGCUGGAGGUGGCAGAGGAAGCCAACCGGGCUGGGGACUUUAGCCUGGCCGUGGAGAUCUACAGCUCCCAGCUCGCAGACCUCCAGCAGCCGGACAGGGGCUUGUGUCUGAGGAAGGCUGACUCUCUGGCCCGCGCUGGACGGAUAUCUGAGGCGCUUGAGUCUUACUGCAUAGCGGCCAGCCUUGCUAAACUGCGCCCGGAGGAGCUUCCCCUCCUGGUGGAAACCAUUGCCCGGACUCUCCGUGAGAAAGAGCUGGGCAUCCCCGGGACGCUAAACGGCCACGGUAAAAGCAGCAGCGGGGAAGAUGGGUUUGAAAGUAACGGGGAGUGUGAAGAUGAUGAAGCCCUGGACUUGUUUUCUUGUCGCCUUUGCAAGUGUCUGCUCCAUGAGCCCACAACCCUGGAGUGCGGACACACUUUCUGCAAAAGCUGCUUAGAGGACGAAACUGUCAAAGACUGUAUACAAUGCAAACAAAAGUUGAACAAAAAAGAUGGACUGCCUAACGGCCGAAGAUUAAACGUCGUUCUCAGCGGCCUGUUGGACAAACUGUUUGCAACUGAGAGCAAAGCUAGGAAACUCUGGAUCGAAGGAGAGGUGUUGUGGAAAAAACAGAACCUCUCGGAUGCUUUGGAGAAGUACAACGAGGCGGUGGAUCUAGUGCCCUCUUCAGGCAGACUGCUGUGUCAACGGGCUGAAUUGCACAUGGAGAUGAGGAGCUUCAGCCAAGCAGUGCAGGAUGCCAACAGCCUCUGUAGAAUAAAACCUCUCUGGACAAAGGCUCACUAUCUGAAAGGCACAGCACUUAGUAAAGCAGGCCGGAACGAUGAGGCCUUGCAGGAGUACUUCCAGUGUUUGGCACUGAAGCCUGACUGGACCAAAGUCAAACUGGAGGCUCAGAAGGUCCUUAGCGAGCUGUUCUCCUCUGUGUUUGAGAAUGAGGACCUGCCAACGCCGCUGCAUCCUCUGCAGGGAGGGUUGGCCACCCGACUCAUCAAACCCCCUGCCUUGCUCAGAUCCCUGAGGCCACUCACACAGAGACCAGGCUCCUCCUCACAGGACUCAGAGUUCACUGUGACUAAAAGCGCUCCAGUGGACAAAUCUGACCCUUCUGCAGAGGAGGGCAGCACGAAGAGCCUGGCCGAUGUUCUGGCUGCACUGCCAGCGCCCCCUGGUGGCCUUAAAAGGAAACACAGCAGUGAUGGAACCUCAGCACCCUUCAACCCCCCCUCCAAAUUGCUCAGACCUGAUGAGGCGAGCAGCAUUCAGACGGUCUCACUGUGCGGAGGGAGGAUGGUUCCUGCUGAUCUGUUGGACAGUGGAGACAUGGAGUGCUCACUGUGCAUGAGAUUGUUCUAUGAGCCCGUGGCCACUCCCUGCGGACACACCUUCUGCCUCAAAUGUCUGGAGCGCUGCCUGGACCACAACCCCAACUGCCCUCUGUGCAAGGAGAAUCUGUCUGAGUAUCUGGCCACCAGGGGCUACAACAAGACCCUGCUGAUGGAGGAAGUACUGCAGCGUUACCUAGGAGAUGAGUUGACAGAGAGGAAGAAAAUCCAUGAAGAGGAGAUGAAGGAGUUGUCCAACUUGAACCAGGAAGUGCCCAUCUUCGUGUGCACCAUGGCCUUCCCCACCAUCCCCUGCCCACUGCACGUGUUUGAGCCACGCUACCGCCUCAUGAUCCGCCGCUCCAUGGAGACCGGUACCAAGCAGUUCGGCAUGUGUAUAGCUGAUGAGCUCAAAGGCUUCGCUGACUAUGGCUGCAUGCUGCAGGUGCGUGACGUGAAGUUCUUUCCUGACGGUCGUUCGGUGGUCGACACCAUUGGUGUGUCACGGUUCAAGGUUCUCAGCCACGGCCAAAGAGAUGGCUACAACACUGCCAAGAUAGAGUACCUGGAAGACAAAAAGGUGGAGGGGGAGGAGCUGGUGGAGCUUCUGAAGCUGCACGACUCAGUGUAUGACCAAGCCAACAGCUGGUUCACCUCGCUGAAAGACAACAUGAAGAGCCAGAUACUCAGCCACUUUGGACACCUUCCCAGCAAAGACCCCGACCCACAGGCCAGUCCCAGUGGUCCGGCCUGGUGCUGGUGGCUGCUUGCUGUUCUUCCGCUGGAGAAUCGAGCCCAGCUCACCAUCCUGGCCAUGACCUCCUUCAAGGACCGCCUCAUUGCAAUCCGCAGGGUCCUCAUCUUCGUCACGCGCAAGAGGCCGCGGUGAUCGCCCAGCCAGUCGAGAGACAGACCGGAAACACUGGGGCUUCUAUGCAGUUCAGCAAUUUGUUCAUUCGUGUUUUUUGGUCAUUCGGUCCCUCGUCGACUUAUUCAUUCACUCGUUUAUACCUGUAUCAACUCAUCCUGUAACCCAUCUACUUCUACAUCAGUUCAUUCUCUCAGAUGCUCAUGAACCUCUUCCUGUGUCAUGUGGCCUCUCUGAGUGCACACGUCUGUUCUGUUGAGAGUGGUCAGGUGGGUCGGGAUGCUGGUAUGAGGGCAUUCAGUUCUCCUCUGUCUAUCUGUUCAUGCAGCCACUCCCCCAACCAACAACUGUACUGGCUGAAUUGAGCUACUACACAUUUUUAAACAAGUGACCUCUCAGCUCUUGUUCUCUGCUAAGUUGGAGGUGAAAUCAGUCCGGCUGAGCCGUGUCACUUCCAUAAAGGUCAUUUCUGGGAGAUUUUUUUGACUCUCUAUUAUGACAGAACAAAAAUCCUGUUAUCACACAAGCACUGUGAGCGGGAAAGGUUGAGGAUCAGUUUCAAGAGCAAUUCAUUUUUUCUACAUAUACAAAGCAGUAUUUCACAUAAGCUGAAACAGAAGUCGGCCCCGUCACAGAGCCUUGUGGCGUCCCACAUCCUCAACCGUGACAGCUUGUACAGGUACGGAAUCAAAACAAAAACUCACUUACUGAAAUAUGAAGCAAAAACACUUGGCAUGACGGUAACACACAAACGUGAAUGUACUGUGUCUGGCUGUAGUAUGUUGGGGUCUUCUUUUUUUUUUUCUUCUCCCUUCUAUGUUUAUAGAGUCCAUUUAGUGAGGUGCACAUGAGGUCAUAUUCCUGUAUGUGCACUAGCAACAGCUGCUUCACUUGAAAUCUUCCUGACUGAGCCAAAAUUCAUGUGCAAAAACCUGGAACUUUAUAUCUGCUGCCUCACCUGGCAGCAGGCACGUACCUCAGAUUGUCUGAUAGAGAGUAGGGUUCACCAUGAGAGUGGAUGUUUUCAGAAAGGAUUGUGAUUAUGCCCGUGCUCACACUAAAAGCCACAGAAUACAAUGUGUGAGAACAAGUGCAACUCUACAACAACAUGCUCCACUUGUUCUGAGAGAAGAUUCAACAUGCGAUUGAAGAGUAAACAAAAGUCGGGCUAUCACAGAAAGUUCUAGUUGCAUUUAGGAAAAUGCAGAUACAAAUGCAUCCUCCCAGAUACAGUGGAUCUGGAACUUUUAUGUCCUAUUGUAGCAUAUCUCUGGGACUUCAAAUACAGACUUAGUUGUAGGUUUUUUUGUUUCUCUCUCUGCUAUGCCCUUAUGUGUAUGUGUAUGGUGAAAUUCUAAGUUGGGUGAUUUAUAUGUAUAUCAAUGUAACUCGGAGGCCUUUUUAAUGUUUUAUUUAAGGAACAUUUCAACCUCUCUCUUUCAAUCUCUUUCUCUUUCAGUACAUUUACAUGCACACUGUAAUGCAAUUCCUGGGCUGGAAGUUGAAGAGUUUUCUUGCAAACAAAUAGUUGUGUUUUAUAAUCGAUGUUUCUCACCAAAACACAGUGUGUCCUUGAGGCCUGACAAAUGUCUUUAAUAAAUUUCUUUUCUCACAAAACAUUUGCAAACUGGAUUUUAAAAAAAAUAUUUUUGAACUUUCAUUGUUUGUUAUCUCUUUCCUUGAAGAACACUGGUUUAAUAUUCCACAACAGUGACCUCAUAACACAAAUGAAUGGAUUACAGGUACCAUUGUUGAUUUUUGACCACAUGUUGGACUGCAGAGCAAUGUUUUUCCACUGAUCAACAUCUGUCCAGGUAACAUAAACAUGCAGGGUACCAGCAAACUGCAGAGAGGAAGAAGAUGGCUAACUGAUGUAAACAACGAAGGUUUCAAAAAUAUUCAGAACAUCAGCUUUGCAAAUGUUUUUUGCUCAUGAGGAUUCAGUUUGUUUUGGUGAGAAACUGAGUGAAAACCUAACUGUGUGCUUCUGAGGAUAAAGUGCACCUUUUAAUGUCUGGAAAUGUUGAAGGAAAUGUUGAUGACCUAGAUUUAACUAUAUCUGCAAGUCUUAAAGUCAAAUGAAAACUCCCACGAGUAAAGACCAGUCCUUGUCACAUUAACUUUAAGCUGGUUCAGAUGUUUUUUCAUAGGACGGCUGUGGUUGUAAUUGCAUUAUUAGCAUGCACGAAAAUGCACUGUGUCUGUAUAAUUCUGUCCUUCCAAAAGUUUGUGACUCCUCUGCAGUCUCUGGCUCUCCAUACGAGAGCGGUGUUCACAAUGUGCUGCAUUUCCCUGGUAUAUUUGUAAAGGGAGCUCUUUUACUUAUUUUUUAUUGCAAAUAAAGAAAAUACAUUUA